AUGUCUCUCUCUGAUGUUUGGGCAUCCGAUGAAGAAGAAAAUGUUGCCAAUACGGCGGUAACAUAUGAUAAAAAAAUUGCAGAACGUGAAUGGGAACGCAUGAAUGAAAUUUAUGGAAAUGUUGGCUAUAAAGAUGGUAUAGAGGAAGGCAAAGAAAAUACUCUCCAGCGUGGAUUUGAUGUUGGGUAUGCAGAGGGCGCUCGGUUUGGUGUAGAAUUUGGUCGAUUACGUGGACACUAUAUUGGAGUUCUAUUCACUGGAUAUCGAUCUUUGAUGAAUGAUUUGUCAAAAUUGACAUAUGAUGAUGUGUUCACCAAAGAUUAUUUUUUGUUAAAUUAUAACGGGGACACGAAGACAUUAAAAGACCGUGAUGAUAUUAUUACAAAGGAUUUUAAUGUUCAGGAGAACUCAACAACCAAAUGCUCUUGUAAACAUCUUGAUGAUAAACAACAAAAACGGCAACUUCAUCAAAACGAUAAUUUUAUUGGAUGUUGUCAAGGGGAUCAGGAAAAAUGUGAGAAUUGUGCAUGUUGUGAUUCUGAAGAACAAUCGAUCGGUGGUAAUCUUGAUGAUAGCGUGUCUAAUUUAGGACUCGGAUUAUCAUCAGAUCGCGAAACUUUACCGAGUAUAAAUAGCUCUGCUGAAAAGUUAUUGUUGGAGUAUCGUGACAAGGUCUCGGAAAUUUUAAAAAAGCUCGGAUUUAAUGUUGAUUUGUUUCUUGAAAGAUAG